GGAGUCUUCGGGUCAGGCAUUGGAGUGGGGAGCCCUAUUUUUCCCAGCAUGCUCUGCGAGCACAGAGAGGCGGCUCCUGAGCUGUGCCCUGACAGGGAGGCGGAGCUAAGGCCGCAGCCGAGCCCCCCCCCCCCAUCGCAUUCACACACUACACACCGUACCCCACGACCGGGAGGGGAGGCUGAGGCUGUUCCCUACCCGCAGCGCGCGGACCCGAGAUGCCGCUCUUCGCCACCAACCCCUUUGACCAGGAUGUGGAGAAAGCAACCAGUGAGAUGAAUACUGCAGAGGACUGGGGCCUCAUCUUAGAUAUUUGUGAUAAAGUUGGACAGUCGCGCACAGGGCCUAAGGAUUGCCUUCGGUCUAUUAUGAAGAGAGUGAACCAUAAGGAUCCUCAUGUUGCUAUGCAAGCACUAACACUUCUAGGAGCAUGCGUAUCAAACUGUGGUAAAAUCUUUCAUUUAGAAGUAUGUUCGAGAGAUUUUGCUAGUGAAGUAAGCAACGUAUUGAAUAAGGGUCAUCCAAAAGUCUGUGAAAAGCUAAAAGCCCUCAUGGUGGAAUGGACAGAUGAAUUCAAGAACGACCCACAGCUUAGUCUAAUAUCUGCCAUGAUAAAAAAUCUUAAGGAACAAGGAGUUACAUUUCCAGCUGUUGGUUCACAGGCUGCAGAACAAGCAAAAGCAAGCCCAGCUCUAGUUGCCAAAGAUCCUGGUACGGCAGCUAACAAAAAGGAAGAGGAAGAUUUAGCAAAAGCCAUUGAAUUGUCUUUAAAAGAACAAAGGCCACAGCAAACAACACUUUCCAGUUUGUAUCCGAGCGCGUCAAGCCUCUUAACGAAUCACAAACAUGAGGGCCGAAAGGUUUGCGCGAUCUAUGAUUUUGAAGCUGCUGAAGAUAAUGAAUUAACAUUUAAAGCUGGAGAACUUAUAACUGUACUUGAUGACAGUGAUCCAAACUGGUGGAAAGGUGAAACUCACCAAGGAAUAGGAUUAUUUCCCUCUAAUUUUGUAACAGCUGACCUUACUGCUGAACCAGAAAUGAUGAAAACGGAGAAGAAAACAGUACAGUUCAGUGAUGAAGUUCAAGUAGAGACAAUAGAACCUGAGCCUGAACCAGUUUAUAUUGAUGAAGAUAAAAUGGACCAACUGUUACAGAUGUUACAAAGUGCAGAUCCAACUGAUGAUCAGCCAGACCUCCCAGAGCUGCUUCAUCUUGAAGCAAUAUGCCACCAAAUGGGACCUCUCAUUGAUGAAAAGCUGGAAGAUAUUGAUAGGAAACAUUCAGAACUUUCAGAGCUCAAUGUUAAGGUCAUGGAGGCUCUUUCAUUAUAUACCAAAUUGAUGAACGAAGAUCCAAUGUAUUCCAUGUAUGCAAAACUACCAAACCAACAUUAUUAUAUGCAGUCUUCUGGUGUUUCUGGCUCUCAGGUUUACCCAGGGCAGCCUCAAAGUAGUACAUAUUUGGUGGCAGGAAGUGCGCAAAUGGGCCAUAUUCAAGGCUAUAAUCUUCCCCAAGAGCAACUUCCUUCUCUCAACCAAGGCACAGUUCCUCAAUCGUCAAGCUCAGGACUGCCUAGUCAGCCAGCUCAGACAUCUUAUGCUAAUGCAAUGGUCAGCUCUGUUCCUGGAAGCACAUAUUCCAAUCAGGCUUCAAUGUACAGUCCACCUCCUGCUGCUGUUGAUGUUGCUGCUUACCAGAAUGCUGGAACUAAUGUGUCCCAGGUGCCAAACUAUAACUUAGCAUCUUCGUCUCUGCCUCCACCAGCAGGCAGUCAACAACCGCCGCCACCACAACCGCAUACUUACUCCCAGAAGGCACUACUAUAGGACCCAGGACUUCUGAUUCCUAAUCGUCUCUAACUCUGCUAAAUGCAGUUGACAAUGUUAUAAGCUUCUUCCUUUAAUCUCUUAAACAUUGUUUAUCCUCAGUUUAAUAGGAAUCUACCCUGGUGAACAGGUUCAAUGAUUCAAUUUGCACUGACUUUUUAGGAUUUUUUUUAAUUUUGCAGCGGAACAAAAAUAUUUAGGACACUUAAUUCCUUUUAAAAGGCCUAAAAUUGGUACAAUAUUAUUUAUGUCUGGUAAAAUUGGCUAAUCUGUGAAAACUCAACUUGCAAACUUUUGUGGCAUAAAUGUUGUGUACAUAAUAGUGUGUGUUUGCAAUAGUGGCCAUUUGAAAUAGCUAUGGUGAUCAUGUGAAUAUAUUUAACACACUGUUAAAAUAGUUUACAUUACUAUUUUAUUUUAAUCAUGAACAGAUGACCAUGUUUCAUAGUUGUACUUAGUUUUGUGAAGGAUGUGAUAUCCUUUUGCAAUGCAGGAAAAUGCUUAAAUCUGCAUAUCAUGGUUAAUAUUUACAUGCUAAGGUCUAUGUUAAUUUCCAAACUUAACUACAUGUAGGUUUCAUUCAUUGUGAAUUGAAUUUAAGUAUAUCAUGACUUCCUGUAGUCUGCAGUACUAUUAGCUGGCAUUAUCUACCAAAGUAAACUAGUUAACAUUUUAAAUGGUCUGGCGAGGUCACAGCAAAUGAUGAUUCUGUUUUAGAAUAAUAAUUAUUUAAAACACCUAUUUACAGGCUGCUAAACAUAUAAUGGGACCAUAAAACUGAUCAGAAUCUUACAACUUAUUGUUUAAAGCAUAUAAUGAUGUACUUUUCCAUACUAGCGUUGUAUAACUAGGGUUCUGAACUGUAUUGUGUGUAUUGGUGAAGAUUACACCAAAGACAGAGAAACUGAGUUUGGAUGGGAAUGAAUGGAAUUUUUAAACUGGAACGAAAACAUGAAUACACUACAUUA